AUGCUGACUGGUCCUACUACUGUCACCAAGAAAUGGAGUAGUAGGACCACAGGAUCCUGUACAUGCCAAAGAGGUUUUGUGCUCCUAUGUUACAAUCAAAUAAAAGAGAUCAUGGGUCUGUGCCUAAAUGGUCAAAAAGAUAUUCUAUGGCCAAAGCUGGAGAAGGUUGGGAUCAACAUAAAUUUGGACGAAAAGGAGAAGCUGACUGGUAAGUCUUUGUUGACGCGUGUGAUGCGGAAGUGGUGGCCGGCAAGUGAUGCCCUUUUGGAGGCGAUAAUAGUCCAUUUCCCAUCUCCCGCCAUUGCGCAGAAGUAUCGUGCGGAGAGCUUGUAUAGUGGUCCUCUGGAUGAUGUGUAUGCAAGUGCCAUUACGGGCUGCAACCCGGAUGGGCCACUUAUGCUCUAUGUGUCGAAGAUGAUUCCAAGCCCAAACACGAGCAAUUUUUUUGCUUUUGGCCGUGUUUUUUUUUCGGGUAGACUGACUACUGGACUCGAGGUGAGAAUAAUGGGUCCUAACUAUCUGCAUGGUGGAUCUAAUUAUGUAUAUGAGGAGAACGUGAAGAGUACGCACAUAUGGAUGUGCAAUCAGAUGGAAAGUAUCCACAGAAAGUAUCCACAGUGUCGCGUGCGGGAAUCUUGUUGCUUUAUCAGCCUCGAGAACUUUGUCCAUAGAACUGCUACAAUAACAACUAAUAAAGAAUUUAAAGCUCACUCAUUACGAAAUUUGAAAUUUCACGUUGCGCCGGUUAUGAGAAUGGCUGUACAACAACAACAUUGCAAUUCUCAUAACCGGCGCAACGUGAAAUUUCAAAUUUCGUAA